AUGGCCCAAGUACACAGCAGCACUGUCCCAUUUGAAGAGGACGACCAUCGGGCAGCAUUCAUCUUCAGCAGCGGUGAGGAUGACAGGCAACUACCCACGGCAGCAUCCCGACCCGCAAAGAAACGCAAAUUAGCGGGCGCUGGCAAGAAGGCAGCGUCUCAACCGCAGCUCCAGCAGCCGGCUUUCGGCUCCGAUUCGACCUUUAUCCCCCUUUUCAAUGGAGCAGAGAGCCCUGAAGCCGUAAACCUGCGCAAGGAGCUCUUUGAGGCUUCAUGGCCCGUCCUGGAGACACGCAUCCAGCAUGUCUUGAGGGAGGCCAACCGCAGCACUCUUGACGAAGUAACUGCCUUCUUGCAGCAGGCUGCGCAAGAGAAGACUGAGAAAAUUACCGCGGGAUUCAUCAUCACGGGUCCCAACAUUGUCUCUCAGGAUCUUCUGUUUGAGCAGCUAUCUGAAAGGCUAUAUACCGAAAUUCGGGCACGGGUUGUCCGUCUGCGGGCGUCUGAGGUGUCGAAUCUGAAGGCCGCGCUGAAGAAAAUCAUACGGGAUGCCACGGCAAACGAGUCGGAAGAUGACGAUGGCUCGGUCGUUGUUCCCAGUACAGUAAGCAAAGCUCUGUUUUAUGAAGCUGGCGUGAGAACCAUGGAUGUUGACCCGAAAAAGGGAAGGAAAUACCUCGAUUAUGACCUCGAUGUCCUCUCCUGGAGCGAUCGCAUCCAGUUUGACGUAUUGUUCGGCGUUGCAACCUCAGUUGAGCUGUUCCAAGCCAGACUGCCCAGGUCAACAGCCCGUCUACUCUACGGUGCGCAGUUUGAUGUUGUGCAAGCCAACUCGGUUCUCGAGAGCGUCGUCAAAACUGCUGUUGCUGGUAGCCGAGCGACUCUGCGAAUUGGGCCAUCGUUGCUGCGCAGUCUGGUAGACCGCCAACAGGAACAGGUAGCUGGCAUCCAGUUGUUCGUCAGCUCAGUCAAGUAUGCAUAUAUGUGCCACUUCUAUGCGAAUCCGCUGAGUGUAUUACUUGCCAAACAGUUGGACCGCAAGCUGUUACAGCCUGAACAUCUUCGAGCUGUGCGGAUGCUGGAGUCCUUCAAAGCCAAGGUCGAGGUCGCGAUAGAUGCUAGGCAGAUGAAUCAUGCUCAGGCCAUGAUCGAAGAUGACGACUACCUCAUUGCGCAAAUUCUGGAGCAGCAGCAAAAAUGCGAGGACUACCUCAAACAGCUCCUGCGCACUCUCCAUCUCAUCAGCUCAACCGGUUUGAGUACGGUUUCUUUCACGGAGCUCUACAUGACAGCCCUGAGCAAGGGUAUCGACCUGGAGCAGGCAGAUGAAAUGAUCCGCCCGGCGGAAGUAGUAAGGCGGAUGAACGCUGAUGAGUUCCUGAACUUUAUCCAAAAGCUGCUUCAUGCCACCGAAACUGGCAGCCCAGAGCUGGAAUUGCAAGGCUGGGCAUCGGAGGCAGAGGAGUUUGUUGAUGCUGUCACAGAACUCCGCGGAGAAGUCGAGGGUUUGAUGGAGCGGUCCAAGCACAAUGGCACGACUCUCAGAAGCCAAUACAGUGCUCAAAGCAAGGUCUUGCGCACCACUGUCGUUGCGCAAAAGGUUCAACUCAGCCAAGACACGGCAGCCCUGACCGAGGAGGACAAAGCCUAUACCAAAGCGAUCGACACAAUGACGGCCUUGUUGUCGCAAUACCUCCGCUGCGAGCCCAUUAACAAUCUCUUUCUCCACGAAAUUUGGGUCUAUGACUCGAAACUGCCGUAUCGUGAAGUCUUUGUUCCCCGGCCCGGUGCCGCCUUUGCUCGCGGUCUUUCGCGUCCCCACGACUACCUCGCCUGCGCAUGCUGUAGUAAGGUAGACGGCGGGCUCUCGUCAACCCUGCCUACCACCUGUAUCUUGUACCACCUUUACCUUGAAGCUGGCGCGCUGAUCAAUGUGGCGGAUUUGUGGUCUGCAUAUUACGGUCUGGUCGGUAACGACGAUGACGGAUCGAUGAACCGCGAGGGACUCGAUGAACGAAGCGCUCUCGUUUGUUUCUACCGUGGCCUGGCGGAGCUUCGAAUGAUGGGGCUUGUGAAACAAAGUAGAAAGAGGGCAGACCACAUUGCCAAGUUGAAAUGGCUAUGA